AUGCUGGAAGGACAUAGCCAGGAGCAUUUGCAGGAGCUGCGGCGCAUCCUGCUACUGACCAUUUAUAAGGACACUCUUAAUCAGUUGGUAUUGCAGCAGCGAUCCCAGCGUCUAAAUGCCAGGAAUCCAAUAUCUCUGCCAGCUUCCCUGAGGCGGCGUCGCAGCUCGUCGAUGGGUGGACACGAAAAACAGGAACAUGUUCUGAUUACGGGCAAAGUCCUGCCACGGCUGGAGUCCCUUCUGGGUGAACCCGAGGAUGAUGCCGAUCAACUGGAUGAAGAUGUUCUAAAUUCUCUCAAGUUCGAGCGUGAUAUGGAUGCAUUGCGAACAAUAUUCGAAGCAGCCAUUAAUGAUGUGGAAUUGCAGGAGAAAAAAAAGUUCCAGGAUAUCAAGGACGAGAAAACUUUGGAGGAGAAACACGAAGUUGAAGAGGCACCACUGGAUGUUCCAGAGCAGCAAAUUGAUUGGCAGAAACAAGAAUCCUUAGAUGAUUGCCACGAAAUAUAUAAAAAGAAAAGCAAAGAUGAGGAAGAGCAAGACUCUGCUCCAGAAGAAGACAAGGAUUCCAAGGAUGGUACAAAACCCUCGCCUUCAGAUGAUAAGAGUCUUGAGAUCCUAAAGCAAGCUAUCUAUGCCCUGGCUGGAAACAAAAGCGAAGUAUCCCAGGCGUCCCAGAAGUUGCAGGAAUCUAAGGACGAGCUGAAGCAGCUGAAGGAGGCACUGGACAUCGAAAAGCGCGACACCAAGGCCAAGCUGGAGGAUCUGGAGGAACGGAUUGCAGACACCAAGUACAAGCUGCGCUGCGUGUCCCGAGUGAACGACCUCGAGUACAGUUUGGUGCAGCGCUGGGAGGAAGGUCGCCUGGCCCAGGGAACGAUUUGGGGCGAGAACGCGGAGCGGGCCUAUUUGCGGGACAUUCUUGACAUCAAACAGCGAAUCGCCCGGGAGGAGCGUGUGAGUUGCGAGCUGCGAUCCUUUCGCCAGCGGGAAAUCCAGGACAUGACACAACAGAUUGAGGAGUGGAAGAAACGAUACGUCAGCGAAAUGCGAAGGGUGGAGCGCGAAGCCGAGGCGUGGGAGCUGCGAAUCCUGGAGCAGAAAAAGCUGUUGGUGCGCCACCGUGAGAUCUUCGCCGAACGGAUGUCCUUCGUGCAGGAGUACCGGGCACAGAAGGCCGAGGAGCAGCGUCUGCACGAUCUCCAGGUGCAUCGCAUCAACUGUGCCGUGAGACUGCAGGCCUGGUGGCGCGGCACUAUGGUUCGCCGAGGACUGGGACCUUUUAAGAAGAAACCCAAGCGAGGAAAAAAGGGCAAGCCUAAAAAAUAG